UCAGGCCAGGAGCGCUUUGGAAAUAUGACUAGAGUAUACUACAAGGAGGCAGUUGGUGCUUUCGUGGUCUUUGAUGUCACAAGAAGCUCCACGUUGGAGGCUGUUUCAAAAUGGAAGCAUGACUUGGACAGUAAAGUAGUACUUCCCAAUGGCAGCCCCAUUCCUGCAGUGCUUCUUGCAAACAAGUGUGACCAAAAGAAAGAUGGCAGUCACAAUACCUCUCAAAUGGACCAGUUCUGCAGAGAAGGUGGCUUUGUUGGAUGGUUUGAAACAUCUGCCAAGGACAACAUCAACAUAGACGAAGCUGCUCGAUUCUUGGUGGAAAACAUCCUUGCCAACUACAAAACCUUUCCUAAUGAAGAGAAUGAUGUGGGGAAACCAAAACUGGACCUAGACCCAUUGAAAGCAGAGAGUAAAUCCCAGUGCUGCUAAUGCUACAACUGUUCAGUAAAUGUGAUGCGAUGAGCAGCAAGACUGUUCCUUAAAUCAAACUGCUGCUAUGGUGCUGUGUUGUGACCAUCCAUAUGGGGUGUCUGGUAUUAUCUGAAUAGGUGAUUCUUGUGGGUGUUUACAUAUUCUUGUUUAGCAUGAAACUGAGUAUCUUAUCACUCCACUUGCCUGACUGGCUGCAUCUAAGUCUGAUUAGUGUCUUCUUACUUGAGAACAUAAGGUAGUGUUUACACUCCUAAAAAGGAACAAAGACAACAUUCAGUGUCUAGCUUGCUUCUAGGACAUAUGCUACAUUCCAAAUAGGACUCACUCAUCAUGGUUUUAGCUGGAUAGACACUUGCACCUUU